AUGUAUUUCAAUGGGAAUUGUAAGUAUGUUCAUAACAGUGGUCUGAUUUUUACAACUAUAGAAAAAAUACAUAUUGACGAUAUCAAAAAUGUUAGGGAACAGAAUGAGGGUAUUUUUGAUUAUUUAGGCUAUCUAAAUACGAAGAAGAAAUGUUUGAAAAAAUUGGAAAAGCUAGUUAACAGUCACAUACCAAAUAGCCAAAUAGUAUUAACAAAUUUUGCUGAUGAAUCUACUGAACUUUUAAGUAGUAAUUAUAUAUAUGAAAAAAUUGUAAAAAAGAAAACAAGUUUCCUUUUAAAAAAUGUAUAUAUAUCAAGUUUUUUUACGAACGAUUAUAUUAAUUAUAUUAAUAAAAAAUAUAAACAUGUUUUAAUAACUCUAAAUUGUAAAUAUGACAAUAAGGUAUACAUUAAUAACCAUAGUGCAUAUUUUUCUAUUAACGAUCUAAUAAAAUUGAGAUUAAUCAUUCACAAGAAUUUGUAUAAGGAUAAGUAUAUGAUGAACAAUAUUGUGAUGAUUGAAAUUGAUAAGAGUAGGAAUGAAAUGAUACAUGACGAGGAUACUCGUAGAAAGGACCAAAAAGAGGAUAGCAGUGUAAAUCCUUUAAACGAUAUAGCAAGUGAAAAGAAUUAUAACAUUUGUGAAAACACAACAGGAAAUAAAUGCAAGUCUUAUGAAAUGAUAGAAAAAAAAAAUAUAAACAUAUGUGACAAACGUGACAACAAUUAUACAGGUGUUAAUAAAAACAAAUUGAGGGAAAGAUAUGAGAAUUUCUUCUCCGAAUUAUAUACACAUCCAGUGGAUGUACUUGGUAUUUUUAAUACUGAUGUUAAUUAUGAAGACUUUUCAAUAAUUUUGAGAAAUAUUUUAGCGAAUAAUAUGUCAAGAAAUGUGGAAGUGAAGGCAGUUCAUUUGAGAUGCUACGAAUGUGAGUAUAAAACGAGUAGAAGCAUAGCAUCCUGUGUGUAUGUACCAAACGAAAUUGGCUUUAACACGCCAAACGAGAAUUGUUUUAACGACCUGACAAAUAAUAGCAAAAGUUAUGAUAUUACAAGAAGCCAAAUUAAUACUUCACCAAAUGAGAUAAAUAUUAUGAAUAACGCUUUGGAUAUUUAUAAAAAUAUUUUUUCUAAUUCUACCCUGGGUGAUAACCUUCCAAAUUUUGAUCAUCCAAAAAGUGAAAUUAACAAUUAUAAUAUACAUACUGAUAUUUACCCUUUACAAAAUCAGUAUGAUUUGUUAUGCUAUAACACAGCUAGUUUAAAUAAUAAACAUAUGCUUAUCGCAUCAAAUAUAAAUACAAAUGGGAAUAAGGAAGAACAAGAUUUUUAUGAACUCGACAUAAAUUAUAUUGAAAAGGAAUUUCUAUCUCGUGUGUGCCAAUCCGAUAAGAAAAGAAGUGAAAGAGAAAAAAUGGAUGAUAUGUGCAAACACCCUAAUGGUGAUAUAAUAGAUGUGUACGACUUGAAGGAAAGGCAAAUAUAUGGUGUAUGUGAAAAUGAAGAAAAAGCAGAUGUAGAAAUAGUAGACGAACCGCAUGUUUUAGGUAGUUCAUCUGUUCCAAUAUUAGGAAAUUUCGUAAAAGUUAUCAAUUAUAAACAAUCUAAUGGAUUAAGUGGAAAUGCAAAUGAAGAAAGAGAGGGAGGAAUUCACAAAAUGUGGAAAAACAAGAAGGAAAAGUCCUUCAUAUCAAAAUCAGUAAAAAGAGAAGACAAAAAAAAAAAAAAAGAAAAAAAUUUAUCAUUAGAAAAAGAUUAUGAUAGUGAAGAAGAUCGAAAAGUAAAAAAAAUAAACAAAGUUGCUUCCUUUAUACAAAAACAUAAAGAAUACUAUUUUAAGAAUAAUGAAAACUUAAUAAAAAGAGAAUCGCUUUAUACUAUUAUGCAUAAUAUUUCAGAAAGGAAAGAAACCAAAAAAAAAAAAUCACAUAAUAGCGAAAGUAGUCAAAAAUUUGAUGAAUUUGUAAAUUACUUAAUUGAUUAUAUAGGUAGAAUUCAUUUAGAUAUAAAAAUUGACUAUAAGAAAAAUUCAAAUAUACUUGUUAAGAAACCAAAAAAAUAUUAUCAAAUACAAAAAAUAAUUUUGAAUAAUGGUUUGAUAGAUACUUGUAACAUAGCUUAUAUUUUUAAUUUUCUCAUAGACACUUUAAUUAAGAACAAAAUAGAAAACAGAAAAAAGUUGCACUACGUUUUGUCUAUAUCAGGAAAAGAUUAUAAUUUUAUCAAUUCUGAUAAAUAUUCACACGAAAGGUGCACACAAGUUGCUACACACAUCCUUUUUUUUAGUUCCCAUGAUGCAAUAUAUGUACUGGUUUUGGAUGCAGUGAACAGGGUGUCAUAA